AUGAAAUUCUGGAUUCUAAUUUUGUGUUUUCUGUUCAUCCCACCUGUCUCUACAACUUGCUACAACUUAGGAUCCCUUCAAUGUUGGCCGGAAGAAAUUCAAGAGAUGAUCUUAAUGAUUUCCGGGGAAGACACGUACAGAUACAACUGUUCCGGAAAAACCGACGAAGAAUGGUAUAAAACAGGAGUGAAACGAGUGGGUUGGGGGAUCUACUACGUCACUGCUGGGAUCUUUUUUCAACUCAUCGGAUGGCCUGUCCUUUACAUUUUCCUAACAAAAUUCAGUAUGACACAUGCACUAAAAGUGUAUCGGGUCAUGGUUUUCAUUGGAUUGAUUGAGAUUACUGAAGUGUGGGGAAACUCCAUCUGGCCUGGAAUUGUUGCUAUAUUUGGAGAAGUGUAUUGCACUAGUCCACGAAUUACGACAAUUGCUGGGAAAAUUACAAUGGUUCAAUGGGUGCUAGGCUCCUCGUCUGCAGUUUUUCUUGGCCUACACCGAAUAACUGACUUGUCGCAGAAAGGAGAAUGGCUUGUAAAUACUAAUCUGAAAACCAGUUUUUGGUUAGCCCUUCUCAGCGUCUACUCAAUCUACGGCUCCAUUUUUUAUGAUACCAUUUUGUUCAACUCCCAGUACAUGGCCCCAAUUUUCAAUCCGAUGACUGGACAGGAAGGAAUUGUUUAUUCCAAUAAUUUUCUUUAUUUUCAUAACAUCAUCGUAUCGGUCCUUCUUAUCAGUGUCUACACCUUGCUCUGCUACCUCUGGAUGUCUCGUGAUAUGCACGCUUCCUCACAUCACGUAUCUAAGUUUCAGAGAAGUAUUCUCUACCAAUCCAUCUGCAUAUCCUUGACAUAUGCGGUCCCCGCCUGUUCGUUCGCCUCAAUGUUUCUGUUCACCACUCCAGCAUGGUUUUUCCACGCCUCGGACAUCACCUAUCAGCUCAGUGGAGGCCUACCAUUUAUAAUGUACAUCUCGCUCAACCAAAAAGUCCAAGACGAAUUUUUGGAUUUAGUCGGAAUCUGCCCAGGCAAACGUCACAAAGCCGUGGCUCCAACUGGAAACUCUGCAAUGAACUCUUAUAUCAGUGGAACAGCAAAAAUUUAA